AUGGGCGGAGGAAAGAAGUUUGGUAUAAACUCAAAGGCUGAGGAGGCAAGAGCAAAGAAGGCAGAGGUCAAGAAGAAUGAUAAUGAGAAGAAACAACGUGAGAAGGAGGAUGCAGAGUGGCAAGAGACAGAUGCAAAGAUGUUGGCCAAACAGAAGAAGGCAAAGGAGUUGGAGGAGAAGAAGGCACAAGAGGCAAAGAGAAAGGCAGAGAACAAGUUAUUGCUAGACAGCGAGGAGACCGAGCUGAAGCAAAAGUACGGCAAGGGCGUGGAGACCAAGAAGUUGACUCGCUUCGAGAUUGAACAACAAAAGGAGCGUGAGCAACGCGAGAGAGAGAAGCAGCAACAACUGCAACAGCAACAACAAGGACAGUUGCGCACCUCGACCACCUCGACCACGUCAACCUCGUCCACGGCAGCUGGCGACGACGAUGAUGAGGACACGUUCGACCUGCAAGAGAACAUUAAUCACGUAUUCCGCGAGCAGAGAAUGCGCGAGGGCGACAACAUGUUGGAGGCAAGAGGUGUGGGCGAAGCCAUCAAGGUGCUGUCGGGAAGCAAUGCCAACGACGAUCAUCCAGAAAAGAGAAUGAAGGCCGCCUACGAGGAGUACGAGACCAAGAACCUGUCUUUGCUCAGGAAGGAGAACCCUUCGCUGCGCUUCACGCAGAUCAAGCAAUUGUUGUGGAAGCAAUGGCUCAAGGCACCAGAGAACCCGUUCAAUCAAGUUCAACCUACUACGCAGCAACUAUAA